AUGUCUGCCGCCGAAGAAGAUUUGAUCGAUUACUCUGAUGAGGAGCUCGCAACAACAGAGGCACCAGCACCAGCUGCUGGCGCAAACGGAGGAGUCAAGGGUGAUUCAGGAAAUUUGACCGUGUCUGGAAAUGCAGCUGCGGCCAAGAAGGGCAGUUAUGUUGGUAUCCAUUCGACUGGUUUCCGCGAAUUUUUAUUGAAGCCGGAGCUUCUACGAGCCAUUUCCUGGUGCGGAUUCGAACAUCCUUCGGAGGUUCAGCAAGUCUGUAUUCCCCAAGCGAUCCUUGGUACAGAUGUCCUAUGCCAGGCCAAAUCUGGUCUCGGUAAAACCGCCGUUUUCGUCCUCACAACUCUACAACAAGUCGAGGUAGUCGCCGGUGAAACAUCCGUACUUGUGAUGUGCCACACUCGUGAACUGGCUUACCAAAUUCGAAAUGAGUAUCAACGCUUCUGUCACUUCAUGCCAGAUGUCAAAAUUGGUGUUUUCUACGGUGGAGUUCCUAUAGCAAGGAUCGUUAAGGUUUUUGUUCUUGACGAGUGUGACAAGAUGUUGGAUCAAAUUGAUAUGCGUCGCGAUGUUCAGGAAAUUUUCAGAGCCACACCACCACAAAAGCAAGUCAUGAUGUUCAGUGCUACUCUUUCUCAAGAGGUUCGACCUAUCUGCAAGAAGUUCAUGCAGAACCCUCUUGAAAUUUAUAUUGAUAAUGAGACAAAGCUCACCCUCUAUGGUCUUCAACAAUAUUACAUCAAAUUAGAGGAGAGAGAAAAGAAUAGACGUCUCAAUGAAUUGCUAGAUGAGCUUUCAUUCAAUCAAGUCAUCAUUUUCGUCAAGAGCACAGUCAGAGCCACUGAACUUGACAAGCUCUUGCGCGAGUGUAACUUCCCAUCAGUUGCAAUCCACUCUGGUGUCAGCCAAGAGGAACGUAUCAAACGUUUCAACGACUUCAAGGAUUUUAACAAGCGUAUCUGUGUUGCUACGGACGUAUUCGGUCGUGGUAUUGAUGUCAACAAGAUUAACUUGGCCAUCAACUACGAUCUCCCACCUGAUGCAGACUCAUACCUUCAUCGUGUUGGACGUGCUGGUCGUUUCGGAACCAAGGGUCUUGCUAUCUCAUUCGUUAGCAAUGAGGCAGAUCAAGAGGUUUUGAAGGCUGUUGAAAAGAGAUUCGAAGUUGCACUUCCAGAGUACCCCGAGGGAGGUGUCGAUUCCGCCGCCUACACCAAGACUGACUAA